AUGGAUGCAACGCAGUAUAUCUACAUCGCCGACAUAUUCCCCAACCAUCUUCGUACGCAGGGCGUGGCCUUGGGUAUUACUGCCUUUUAUCUUGCGUCGGAGGUGACAAUGGUUGCAGCACCUGUGGCCCUGGCUAAAGUUGAAUGGAAGUUCUACUUGUGUCUAAUUGUUCCCUCUUUGUUUUAUAUUGGAGUGAUCUACUUCUUCUUCCCAGAAACAAAGGGGAGAACACUUGAGGAGAUUGGUGCUUUGUUUGGCGAUGAUGCCCAUGUUGCAUUCCAUUGGUAUGAUGCUACUGCUGAGGAGCGGGAGAAGAUGGCAGAGGAAGUUCUUUGA